AAGCGGCAGAAGAUCGACCACGCCUGUCAGAUCUGCCGCGACCGCAAGGUCCGCUGCGACGGCGGCCGGCCUGUCUGUGGCUCGUGCCAGCGCAGGGGCCACGGGCAAGACGAGUGCCUGUACGACGAGCUGGCUGCGCCGACAUACUCCUACAUCGAGACGCUCGAGAGCCGUCUCAAGCGCCUCGAGGAUACGAUC